AUGACAUCAACCGCGAUAAUGAAAGACAAAUCUCCGCUGAUCAUAGUACACAAACAAGACUUAUACGAACACUGGCUAAAGAAUGCUCCAAAAAUCAUGUUCGGUGAACAUCAACUUUCUGUUGAAAUAAGCGCAAUUGAUGGGUUUUUUAUUCAAAAGGCCAAGGAAGAUUUACGGGAGACGCCAGAGAUUGCUGCUCAAGGUUUCAAGGAAUUAAGAGAGCUGCUUGCAGGAGAACCAGAUCUGCAUUUACCGGAUGCAGACGACUUCUAUAUAACAUUUUUACGACCAUGUAAAUGGUAUGCGAAAAGCGCUUUCUCGCUUAUUAAACGAUACUAUCGGUUUCGCUUAAAUUAUCCACAUAUAUAUACCGAUUUGUUAAUUACCAAACAAAAGGUUGCACUUUGUGCUGGUUUGAUAUAUCCUUUACCGAUUCGUAAUCAAGAUGGAAGCAGAGUAUUGAUAAUCGAAGGCGGAAAACGAUGGAAACCGAAGGAAGUGACGACCAAUGACUUUUUCAAAGGCCUAAUAUUGGUUUUAUUUCUAGCGAUGGUUGAAUACAGAACUCAGGUCGCGGGCGCGCGUAUUAUUUUAGAUGUUGAAGGUCUAUCUCUUAGCCAUGUAACGUAUAUCACACCAAGUUUUGCUAAAAUGAUAGUAGAAUUUAUACAAAAAUGCUUGCCUACUCGGCUCAAAGGUAUCCAUAUUGUGAAUCAGUCUUUCAUCUUUAACAUGGCAUUCGCAAUAUUCAAACCAUUUCUGGAGGAGAAAAUUCGUAAUCGGAUUCACUUUCACGGGACAAAUUGGGAUUCCUUAAAAGAAUUUAUCGAUAAAAGAGCAUUACUUAAAAAGCAUGGGGGCGAGUUGAAAAUGGCAGAAGGACAAUACGGCGUGAUGUUAUGGCAGAAUAUGCUUUCAUGUGAACCUGCCUUCGAAGCUGAGCAAUAUUAUGGAUACGUGACUAAUAAAGAUAAGAUAUGA